CUUCAACUAUAAGUCUAGCUACUUCAAGAUCUCCCUCACUUAAUAUUUGCGAGUUGGUAGGAAAUCUGGAUAGUGAUCAUCAUCAUCAUGGUAGUCGCCAGUUGGGAGCACACGGCGCGCGCCAAUGCGCGACAUGCCGCUGAGGCGCUAAAAGGCAAUUGGCACCUAGGCUUUACUGCGUUCGGCGGACCACCCGUUCAUUUCAAGAUAUUCCACGACAAAUUCGUGCAAAAACUUGAAUGGAUCGACGAGCAGAUGUACCAAGAGCUGUUCAGCAUUUGUCAAGCCUUGUCGGGACCUGCUAGCACAAAGAUGUUAUACUGUAUCAACUUGAUUCACAACGGGUUAUGUGGGGCGUUGGUUGCCUUCUUGGUCUGGAGUCUGCCAGGAGCGCUUAGCAUGUGUGCAUUAUCACUUGGUGUAUCCAGCGUCGGAGAAGCCCUACCUCGUGCAGUAUAUGCUCUGCUGUCCGGGCUCAAUGCUGCCACGGUGGGAAUUAUCGCGCUCGCUGCAGUGGAGUUGUCGGAUAAGGCCAUCACGGACAAGCUCACUCGGGUUCUCGUCUUUCUCGCGGCCUCUGCGGGACUGCUUUACAAUGCUUUGUGGUAUUUCCCCGUCCUUAUGGUUCUUGCUGGUUGUGCCGCGGUAGCGUAUGAUUCUCGCUUGGUUCAAAAAGUCACCCAGGCCAUCACCGACAUUGUGAGACCGCGCAGUGAUGCGCAAGUCCCCGAGCACAGCAUCGCCGACGAUGAACCGGAAGAGCGCAUCGUAGCACAAGAAUUUCGGCUGGGAUUCUCUUGGAAGCAGGGAAUCGCCAUCAUCGUGACAUUCUUCGCCGUAUUCCUCGUUGUCAUGGUGACGCGAGGAGUUCUCACGAAUCUGCCACUCCUCUAUAGACUAUUUGCGAAUAUGUACCUCGCGGGAACGAUCAUAUUCGGCGGUGGGCCUGUGGUAAUUCCAUUGCUCCGGGAGUAUGUCGUGGCCGAAGGCUGGGUCAGCCCGAGAGACUUUCUCAUUGGACUUGCGGUGAUACAGGCCCUCCCGGGCCCGAACUUCAAUUUUGCCGUAUACUUGGGAAGCCUGACUGCGAUCAACGGCGGACACUCGAUCAUCGCUGGAGCAGUCAUUGCAUUUAUCGGCAUCUUCACCCCCGGCAUGGUUCUUGUCCAUGGUACCAUGGGCAUUUGGGGAAAGCUGCGAAGUAGACUUUGGGUAAAGUCGGUGGUCAGAGGCGUUAAUGCUGCUGCUGUUGGCCUGGUAUACACAGCUGUGUAUCGAAUUUGGCAGGUUGGUUAUGUCGAUAGUGGUUUCCAGUCAGGGCGAAGUCUUGGCGACGAUCCGUGGUGGGUGGUAGUAACAGCGACGGCGUACGUGGGAGGCCGUUACUUUGGACUAGUUGCACCAGUUGCUAUCAUCCUAGGAGCCAUACUCGGCCUCGUGAGAUAUGGUGUAGUCAGUAGCUCUUCAUAAAUUGUCUCACCCACACAUGUUAGGUUACACCCGCGAACAAGCAUGCGCUACAAGGAUGAUAAUUCAAGGCUCCAGGAAUUGGUCAGAGCCGUGUAUAUAAGCAGAGCAUUUCUACAUAGGUCCGUUUACGGUAUAUAUCUGUGGCUUCUCAGGC